GAAGAACCAAACCACAUGGGGGCGAGAGCGCUCUCCCAGCGCUGUCGUCUUCAGGAUGGGCCACCUGCCAUCGACGACCUAACGUGGGCUUUCCAGCCAUCGACGGCAUACUCUACAUCUACUUUGCACAACGUCUCACAUGCAGCCCUCCACUAGUCGGCUUUGCAUCAUGGCGACCGUGCUGGCGGUGGUGAUGGCAACGACGGCGACGGUCUGCUGCGGCGGUUCUCAUGAUGUUAUCGCGCCCGACGUAUGGGCCGAUUUGCACGCAUCUCCCAACGCCACGGUGAACGUCCUCGUGAGUUUUGUGGGCGGCACGACCAAAGCGCUGGCCGACGCGAUCGCCGUCGACUUGCACGAUUUGCACUUGGCCUCGUCCAACUCGCGUGUGCGGCAGCACUUGGUCAAAUCCACCGCCAAGUCACAGGCCAUUGUGCAGUCCCUCCUUCGCGGUGACUCUGCCCACCCCCGUCGCCGCUUGUCUGUCAACGACGAAGCAGCAGAAGCGUUUUCGUCCCCAGAGAUUUGCCCUGGGCUUGACGACCUGCGAGUGCGAGAAAUCUACCUCACAAACCAACUCCAUGUACGUCGCCUGACGCUGUGCAUGGCAGAGCAGCUGGCGCUGCGGUCGGAAGUCGCCUCUAUCCGAUAUGGCGCCACCCUCGUCCUCGACACCACCACCCCUCCAUCCUCCCACGUGACAGACGUCUCGACUACACCUUGGAACGUACGUGCUGUCGACGCGACUCCUCUGUGGACUGCCAAUAUCACUGGGCAAGGCAUUGUCGUGGGGGUCAUUGACAGCGGUGUUCGCAGCACCCACGACUCGUUGCGUAGCAACUUUCGGCAGAACUAUGGGUGGUUUGAUGCCGUGGAGCUGGCCCCGUACCCGGUUGAUGCAUAUGGUCAUGGAAGUCACGUGGUGGGCAUUGCAUUAAGUGUGGCGCCGUCUGCGCAGUGGAUUGCGUGUCGCGCGUGCAGCAGCGGCGGGGGUUGCCAUGAAUCAGACUUGCUGCUGUGCAUGCAGUUCAUGCUGUGCCCCACCGACUCCAAGGGGGAACACGCCGACUGCUCCAAGGCCCCCCGCGUAGUCAACAACAGCUGGGGGAGUGGGAUCGCGAAUUGGCCCAACUAUAAGGCGGCCGUGCAGGCGUGGCGCGAGGCCGGCAUCGUGCCAGUAUUUUCCGGGGGAAAUGCUGGGGCCUCCGGGUGCAUGUCGGUGAAAAGCCCGGCCGACUACGACAACGUGAUUGCCGUGGGCAGCGUGGACGCUACGAACGCGCUUUCGGCGUUUAGUUCCCGCGGCCCCACCGUCACGUCCGGCAUGACGAAACCGGACGUGGUCGCCCCCGGGGUCGCCAUUCGGUCCGCGUCGAGUCAGGCGGACAACCAAACCGUUGAGAUGUCGGGCACGAGCAUGGCAGCCCCCCACGUCACGGGGGCCAUCGCGUUGCUUUUGAGUGGAAACCCCGCCUUGUCGUAUGACCAACUAUACAAGGCAUUGACACAGGGAACGUCCAUGAGCCCUGUCAAAACGACCGACGAGUGUAGGCGUCCACAAGAUGAGGGGGCUAGCAACAACAAUCUCUCCGGAUACGGGCUUGUGGAUGUUGCCCGCGCGGGACGUGUCCUUGGGCUUGAAAGCAAUCGACCAGGAUGUGGGGGGAUAUUAUAUGCAGGUUUGCUUGUUUGAAUCACUAUUUUGAACGAGAAGCAGAGUUUAUAACAAUACUACUUACGUAGUUAACUAGUGUUCGAG